CCUCACCUUUCCAGAGUACUGAGAUUACAGGCAUAACCUACUAUGCUCAGCCCCAAUGAAAGUCUUUUAACAUGGAUUAUCAUGUAAAUACUCCAUUUCUUCCAGCUAAAGAAUAUUCUAACAGAGAGCUGACAGAGUGAGUCUAGUGAACUUUCCAGCACAUGUGUGACCACCCUUCAACUAACAUGGUCAGGCACCCCACUUUACCUCCUGAGCUCAAUUGCAGUUAGAUUCCAAAUAUUCCAGAUGUUCCAGUGGACCCUUCUAAUUGUAAGCAUCGCACCUUGGCCUCACUGCAGGUGACACCCCUGGGUGUGUGGGAAGAUUAUGGGACCAAAGAACUUACAGCUUCUUCCUCUUGAGUAAACAUUGUGGCAGGCAGGAGAACCUUGUUUUGGUUUUACUCUUUUAAAUAUCACAUGCUUGGUGGGAAUGUCAGCAGAAGUAUCCAGGCUGAACAGACAGUUUUAAGUUCCCCUUUCCCCUCCUUCUUACUCAAUAUCCUGAGGACAUAAUAGAAAUUUUCUUGUCUAAGUUCUGCUGGUUGGGGGAGGGAGGUGUGGCUCACUGAACCACUGCUCUGGACAAACCCCUGCCAGGCAUCAGAAAGCACUGCAGUUCUUAAGUUCCACAUGCAGAGCAGGUGCAACAGCCAAAAGUGAGUGGGGUCCCGGCGCUGGCCCAGGAACAUCUACUAAAGCAGGCCAUCCUCCCGCCUUGUUCUGCAGGAGUCAGACAAGCAGGGGAGACCCAGUAGAAGGACCUCUAAGAAAAAAGGAUGACGGUGGAAAGAAAGGUCUGGAAAUGAGACUGACAGCCCAUCCUUAUUACUUCUUCCUUCUCUUCCUGUGUGCCUCCAGACAAUGGCCUCUAAACAGAACAAUUCUGAAAGAUGGAAAAGCAGAUGUGAAGUCCCUCAUGGCGAAAUUUAACACAGGGGGCAACCCGACAGAGGAGGUCUCAGUCAAUAGCCGACCCUUCAGAGUCACAGGGCCAAACUCAUCUUCAGGAAUACAAACAAGAAAGAACUUAUUCAACAACCAAGGAAAUGCCAGCCCUCCUGCAGGACCCAGCAACGUACCUAAGUUUGGGUCCCCAAAGCCACCUGUGGCAGUCAAACCUUCUUCUGAGGAAAAGCCUGACAAGGAACCCAAGCCCCCGUUUCUAAAGCCCACUGGAGCGGGCCCAAGAUUUGGAACACCAGCCAACUCAACCACCAGAGACGCCGAGGCGAAAGUGGGAUUUCUGAAACCUGUAGGCCCUAAGCCUAUCAACUUGCCCAAAGACGAUUCCAAACCUGCGUUUCCCUGGCCUCCUGGGAACAAGCCAUUACUUCACAGUGUAAACCAAGACCAUGACCUAAAGCCACCAGGCCCGAAAACUGGGCCUACUCCUCCAACUCCGGAAAGUGAACAGAAGCCAGCGUUUCCCAAAUUGGCUGGGGUUAAAGGGAAAUUUAUGUCAGCAUCACCAGAUCUGGAACCCAAGCCUCUCUUCCCCAAACCUGCCUUUGGCCAGAAGCCACACCUAAGCACCGAGGACUCCCAUGAAGACGAAAGCCCCGCAAAGAAUGUGUCUCCAUCAAAAGGGGCCCCAGCUCCCCUGGGAGUCAGGUCCAAAAGCGGCCCUUUAAAACCAACAAGGGAAGACCCAGAAAAUAAAGACCAUGCAGGGGAGAUUUCAAGUUCGCCCUUCCCCGGAGUGGUUUUGAAACCUGCUGCGAGCAGAGGAGCCCCAGGCCUCUCCAGAAAUGGUGAAGAAAAAAAGGAAGAUAGGAAGAUAGAUGCUGCUAAGAACAUCUUCCUGAGCAAAAUCAAUCAGGAAGAGUCCGCCUCAGGGGCUCCUCCUGCCAGGCUCCCUAAGGCCCCUUCUAAGCUGACAGUCGGGGGGCCAUGGGGCCAAAGUCAGGAAAAGGAAAAGGGAGACAAGAAUUCAGCCACCCCAAAGCAGAAGCCAUUGCCUCCCUUAUUUACCUUGGGUCCACCUCCACCAAAACCCAACAGACCACCAAAUGUUGACCUGACGAAAUUCCACAAAACCUCUUCUGGAAACAGUACUAGCAAAAACCAGAUGCCUUACUCAACAACUUCCCCGCCACCACCUCCACCAGCCCAUCCGGCCAGCCAACCACCAUUGCCAGCAUCUCACCCAACACAACCACCAGCCCCAAGCCUACCUCCCAGAAAUAUUAAACCUCCAUUUGACCUCAAAAGUCCUGUCAAUGAAGAUAAUCAAGAUGGUGUCAUGCACUCUGAUGGUGCUGGAAAUCUUGAUGAGGAACAAGAUAGUGAAGGAGAAACAUAUGAAGACAUAGAAGCAUCCAAAGAAAGAGAAAAGAAAAGAGAAAAGGAGGAAAAGAAGAGAUUAGAGCUGGAGAAAAAGGAACAGAAAGAGAAAGAAAAGAAAGAACAAGAAAUAAAGAAGAAAUUUAAACUAACAGGCCCUAUUCAAGUCAUCCAUCUUGCAAAAGCUUGUUGUGAUGUCAAAGGAGGAAAGAAUGAACUGAGCUUCAAGCAAGGAGAGCAAAUUGAAAUCAUACGCAUCACAGACAACCCAGAAGGAAAAUGGCUGGGCAGAACAGCAAGAGGUUCAUAUGGCUAUAUAAAAACAACUGCUGUAGAGAUUGACUAUGAUUCUUUGAAACUGAAAAAAAACUCUCUUGGUGCUCUUUCAAGACCUACUGAAGAUGACCAAGAAGUAUACGAUGAUGUUGCAGAGCAGGAUGAUGUUAGCAGCCACAGUCAGAGUGGAAGUGGAGGGCUAUUCCCUCCACCACCAGAUGAUGACAUUUAUGAUGGCAUUGAAGAGGAAGAUGCUGAUGAUGGCUCCAUGCUACAGGUUCAAGAGAAGAGUAACACGUGGUCCUGGGGGAUUUUGAAGAUGUUAAAGGGAAAAGAUGACAAAAAGAAAAGUAUACGAGAGAAACCCAAAGUCUCUGAGUCAGACAAUAAUGAAGGUUCAUCUUUCCCUGCUCCUCCUAAACAAUUGGACAUGGGAGAUGAAGUUUACGAUGAUGUGGAUACCUCUGAUUUCCCUGUUCCAUCAGCAGAGAUGAGUCAAGGACCUAAUAUUGGAAAAGCUAAGGCAGAAGAAAAGGACCUUAAGAAGCUAAAAAAGCUGGAAAAAGAAGAAAAAGACUUCAGGAAAAAAUUUAAAUAUGAUGGUGAAAUUAGAGUUCUAUAUUUAACUAAAGUUACAUCUUCCAUAACUUCUAAAAAGUGGGGAACCAGAGAUCUGCAGGUGAAACCUGGUGACUCUCUAGAAGUUAUACAAAACACAGAUGAUACAAAAGUUCUCUGCAGAAAUGAAGAAGGGAAAUAUGGCUAUGUCCUUCGGAGUUAUCUAGUGGACAAUGAUGGAGAGAUCUAUGAUGAUAUUGCUGAUGGUUGUAUAUAUGACAAUGACUAGCACUCAACUUUGGUCAUUCUGCUGUGUUCAUUAGGUGCCAAUAUGAAGUCUGAAUUUUAAUUGGCAUGUUAUUGGGUAUCAAGAGAAUUAAUGCACAAAACCACUUAUUAUCAUUUGUUAUGAAAUCCCAAUUGUCUUUACAAAGUUUUAAAAUUUUGAGCAUAGAAAACGAUCUUUCUGCUUAGUUGCUAUCUCAGAAGACUACAUUAGUGAGGUGUAAGAAUUAUUAAAUAUCCCAUUUCUGCUUUGGCUACAAUUAUGAAGAAUUUGAAGAUACUUCUUUUAGACCAUCAAUAAGUAAUCCCCCUUCAAAAAAUAAAAAGAAAAGAAAAAGGAAAAUCAUUCAAGAAGAAAUGACCUGUCUAAAAAACCUAAGGAAGAAUAAUAAUAUACGGAAGGAAAUUUUGAAACAUUCCACAAAAGAAAAAUUAUUGUUUCUACUUCUAAUUAUGAUUAUGCUUUAUAUUCUCUAUUCAAAUGACCUGUCUUUUAAAAAGGCAGUGCUGUUUUUUCUCUUGCUUGUGGGUUAAAUGUUUUAAAAAAUUAUAGCAGUAGUAGAACUUUUGUAUAAAAUUUGCCCCUAUUUGGUAAUUGUAUAUAUAUGUUAAUUAUUUGAUACGAAUGUUAUGCAUUUAGUAUGCACAUUGAAGUCUAAACUGUAGAAGAGUCUGAAACAAGUUCUCUUUUUGCAGAUUCACAUGCUAACAGUUUAAUUCUAUGCUCUGUUUAAAGUACUCUUAUAACUAGAGUAGAUCUGAACAAGGACAAUCCUAAAAUUAUGAGGAGUGGAAGAAUGGACCUUGAAACUAACAA